AUUAAUACAUUAAGUCAUUAACUUAGUAUUAAGUUAAGUCAUUUAUGAGAUAAAGUUGAAAUUAUGGCAUACUUAAGUUUAAAAAGUAGAAAUGAGUCGAAAUUGACUUACAACUUUUUAAUGUCAAUUAUUAUAAAUAAGUCAAUUUCAACUUAGUAUGUCUUAAUUUAAACUUUCCAUCUCAUAAAUAUGACUUAGGUUUUUGUAAAUCACAACAAAAACAGGCUAUUUCACUGCAUAAGAUAAUGCUAUGUGGCAGAAAUGGGCUUCCAUAAUAUGUUCAUUAUUAUAAGUAUAAUUUAUAUUAAAAGUCAUUCACCUCUGCAUGACCAAAAAAAAAAAAAAAAAAAAAAAAAAAAAAAAAAAAAACACUGUAAAGCAGUUGUUAAACAAACCCCAUCAUGAAACAGAAAAAAACUGGACAAAAUGUAUUUAAUGCAUAAAUAUUAAACAAUUAUUUGGCUAACAGAAAUUAAUUAAUGAACUGUAUAAAUUUACAGCAUGUAAAACAGCAAUAAUGAGAAGGUAUGAAUGUGGAUAAAAGGUGAAACAUGUGUGAAAACAUCUAUUUUAAGACAAUUUUGAACUAGGUGACUAAAACCAACACAGACGACCUGCUAGACCGAACAAACAUUUAUGCAGAUAACCUUUUGACUUGAAACCUCACUGGUACUCAGGUAUAACCACUGUAAAUAGCUUUUCUCUGUGACAACUUGCCCCAGUCUACCCUAUUUAUCCCCUAGCUCUUGCAUGCUGGUAUUCCAGGUAUUGGCUGAAACAUGGCAUGCAGUAAAAACCAGUUUUGUCUGAGGCAUUCAACACCACACCCAUCAGAUGCUAAUCAGACGGAUCCACCUCCUCCAGGUUUCAGUAUGUUUCUUCUUAAGCACCAGACACACUUGACUCGCUUUAGACGGGGACAGCAGACCAACCUUCAACCAUGCGCACUCCGGGGAUCUUGAUAUUCGGCAUGGUCCUGGCACCCUGUGGAUGGAUCCUAGACCUGACCAGCACAGUUGCGCCCAACUGGCGCACAAUCAACAACCUGGCAGGCGAAGCUGUGGAUCUGGUGGUGGAACAAGGAAUCUGGGACAUCUGCAGGACCUCCACAACAUCUAGAUCGCAACUGUGCAACCAGCGUACCAAUGACAAAACGUACUUUGACAAUCAGAUUAUUCCGAUCGCUCAAGGAAUGAUGGUUGCGUCUUUGAUCGUGACCAUACUUGGCCUGGUGGUGGCAACACCUGGAGUCAGAUGCUGGAAGGACAGACCAAGGUGGAUCCUGGCUUCUCUGGGUGGCCUCCUCAUCUUCUGCUCCGGAGUCCUGACCAUUAUUCCCAUUGCUUGGUACACUAAUCUGCUCAACAGCCUCAACUCCACCUCGGUCAAAAGAGACCCACUGAGACCGGAUGACAUUCGUGUAGGAUACUGCAUCGUUUUGGGCUACAUCGGAGGCAUCAUGGAGGUCCUCGGUGGUUUAGUGAUGUUCAUCGGGAUCUGCUCCUGCUGCGGUGGACGGAACCGCGGAGAAAAGCCUCAAGCCAAAACAGAAAGGCAGACGACCAGGCCGGUGGACAGACCGACGCCUCUGCCGAGGGUCAACAUACCGAGAAGCAUCAGCAGUAGAAGCAGCGUACCUUACUCGCAGAAGUCACUGGAUGACGACCUGGACUUCCCAAGAGCCAAAACCCGGGACAGGGGAUCUGUCAACACUUCCUACACUGGAAGACCUUACGAUGCUGAUCUGUAAAAUGAUUAGCUUAGUUACUACAUACUGUGAAGUGUCAAUAUUUUACUACUUUGUGAACAUUGACAACUGUUAAAGUCAUGCUAGCUGUCUUCAACUGGAGCGUACACGUGUUACACCAGUCUUUUUCUUACUUUUACAAGUGCUGUUUACAACAAUUACUGAUUGUGUUUGCCAUUUGCACUCUGAGGUUAAGUAACACGAGGGCUUUAAUUUUAGAGUUGUAAAUAGCCAAAAUGUAACUUCCUGUUGAAGGUUUGUAAUGCGGGUUAAAAUUUGACUCAUUUAUCUUAAUGGAAAAUAUAUUAAUACUGCAGGAUUUGAGAAAAAUUAAUUGUGCAAUAUUUUCUUUUGCUGUGUGAAUACAAUACUUAGUCAAAAGGGUUAUCGGGGCUUUCUGUGAUGCAGUAUAACUAGUAAUACUGGUUGUUUCAGUUUUAUCUCCUCUGCAAGCUUUGCAGCAUGUGGGUCAUGUCUGAACUGUCACAAGAUCCAUGAGUCAUGUGAACAAUGCAACGAUAGUCAUGAAGUAUACUGUAUAUCCAUAAAAAAAAAAAAUAUAUAUAUAUAUAUAUAUAUUUUUUUAUUUAAACCUAUAGCUAUACAUACAGUAAAUUAAUUUCAGGUAUAAAUACUUUAUGCCAGAUCUUAGUAAGUGAUCAGCUGUUUAAUGAAGGUCAGUGAGCAGAUAACUUACCUUCAGUCUGGAAGCAUAAAAAAAAAAAAAAAACCACUUACCUGUUACAUAAAUGACUGUAGAACAAAACAUGAAAUAUAUUACAACAAUAAAUUAAUAAAGUUUAUUAAUUAUGAACUGUAAAAACAGAUGCAUUAAAGAGCAGCAAGGUGUAAAUGAGGUUCAAUGGUGAUAAAACCAUCCAGAUAAAGGAAGUAAAGUGUAAAUAAGAUCUUUCUGACUUUAUUUUGCUGUAACUCAUCAGAUCAUGUUAUAUUUCCCAUUGCUCAGAGUUCAAGGUUUGUGUGGUUUCUAAACAGCAAUACAACAUCUUUUAAAUUUCUUUGUAACAGUUUUUGGUUAUUUUUUUUGUAUUAAAGUAAUAUUUAUUAAAAACAAACAA